AUGGACCGUGGCGCCGAUGGCCGCGCUUCUCUGCUCACGAAGCUCGGCCUGGCCGUGCUCACGUGCAACUCCGUCGUGGCCGCCUACAGGUCGUGGGGCGACCCGGGCUCGCUGGCGUUCGUGGCGGUGGCGCUCGCCUACGCUGCGCUGCUGCUGCUCCUGCAUUUCCUGUGCAGGUUCGAGCGCGCGGCGGCGCCUGCGGACAGGGGGAGAGCGAAGGCGGUGGUCUGGGUGCUCUCCACCCUGCUCACCGCAAUGUUCGCGGCGAGGGUGGCUCCGCUGAUGCCGCUGCCGGUCAGCGUCGCGGUCUGGGCGGUGGCGGCCGUGACGGCCGGCGGUGGCUUCUGGGCGCUCUUUAUUAGCCACUGA